UCUCAGGGAUGACAGAGGAGCCAGAGAUCCAGAUCUCGCCGGCGCGGGGGCUGCCAGGGACGCUGCUGGCCGGGGAGCCGGUGACUGUGACCUGCACGGCCCCUGGGCGCUGCUCCGGGCCCCCUCCCCGAGUCACCUGGACGGGGCCGUUCAGCGACACAGCCCAGAACGUCUCAGCCCAGCUGGCGAACGGCACCUGGGCCCACAGCUCCGCGCUCAGCUUCACGCCCGGCCUGGGGGACCACGGCAAAGAGCUCGUCUGCAGCGUCACCUACAGGCCACCACGGGGACCUUCCACCCGCAGAACCGUCCGGCUCCACGUCACCAAUCCGCCCGGGCCCCCCAGAAUCACCGGGACCCUGACCAGGAACGGACGCCCCGUGCCAGAUGUGUGGGGAGCUGAGGGUGACGUUGUGUCUCUGGAAACCCGGGAGGGCGACUCCCUGAGCCUGAGCUGUGAGGCUGGGAGCAGAACCGAGACCACCCUGAGCUGGGCCAAGGGGAACGAGUCCUUGAGCCCCGGCCAGGGAGGGGCCGGGCACCUGGAGCUGCCGAAUCUCAGCAGAGCGGACACUGGGGAGUAUCGGUGCUGGGCCAAGAAUUCCUACGGGUCGGCCAGCCGUGCCCUGCGUGUGCAUGUGCAGCAGAAUCAGCUGCAGCUGGAGCUGCCCAACGUGACGGCCGAGGACGGGGGGGCUGUACAGGUGCUGGGCCCGGAGAGAGGAGAGCUCUGCCCAGGGGACGUUCCACCUGCUUGUCAAGUCUGA